AUGCCCAAUCCGUAUGCGGCGCUGGAAAGCAAUCAGAAGAAGGUCGCGCGUCGUGCCGACUCCGUAGCGGACAUCAAGAAUCUGCCGGAUCUGUUCUGUGACACGCUUCAGUCCACGCCGGUUCCCAAAAACGACUUGCUCGUGGCGGCCCGAAACGACACGGACAAUCUUCAGAGUACGAAAAGGGUGGUACUCACCGAAGAGAACCCGUACAGCGGUCUUGCGUCGCUGUCGCAGGUAAGUAUUAAUAAUAAUCUUGUAAAACUCGGGAUUUUUUACACAUUUGACUUUUGGACAUUUUAUACGAUGAACCCUGUUUGAAAAGAAAAAAUCCUAUUUUUUGCAUGAAACUUCAAAAUUUCACCAAACGUCAAUUUCACAAAUACCAUAAGGAAUCUCUGCGUAUCACAGAAUCACAUUUCCUCACCACCUUUAACCGCCUUAGUCAACAAAAUUUUCCAGCGUCCAAUGAACACCCACAGAGACGAUUCCGCCUACGAAUACAACAAGUUGCCAGUCGAGUUCCCUCCCUCUACCCCGAAUCCCUACCGUUCCAUCACGCAGGAUCCCAGUCAAAGGGUCGUGAAUGCAAAGCAACGCUACGGAGAUUCGAUCUACGAGAUCUACAAGUUGCCUCGCCAAUUUUAUUCGGCCAACCCAUACAGUUCGGACACGGAUAACUCGGAGAGUACGGACCAGAGUGUGGGCGAUGAGACGAUUUACGAGAACCAGAAGCUUCCAAACCCAUUCAAAAAUCAUAAAGGGGAAAAGAAGCAAAGAGAUGGGGCCGAGGACACCGAUGAAGAUAUCCGGAGGGUCCCGAGUUUGCCAAGACUCUCGUCGAAAGGGCGGAUUAAAAAAGACAAGUCGGUGAGUAUACCAUAGGCCUUAUACUGUCAUUAUUGACCGAUAAGAAGAGUAGCUAUAACAUAUUUUGUGACAACACUGCUACCUUUUUGGUCAACGAGAGCUCUAAAUUACAUCCACAUCUAACAAUAAUAACUUCUGUUUGCUUUCAGAACACCUAUCUGCCGGCUUCUGCCUAUGCCCCCGAAAAUCGCCGGAACUACCAAGCCUUUGAUCCCAGAAACAAUGGAUAUUCCUCCAGCGAUUCUGUGUGUUUUGGCUCUCAGGUAACAUUGAGCCUACAAUCUCAUGUGCCUACUCUUUCAGAGUAUCUCCUCAAGAGGAAAUCCGUAUCGUCGUCUUCGCAAGAGACGUCCCUUGUAUGAUGACUACAGACCAGUUAGUCGCGACUCGGACGGCGAGACUUUGGUGGACGUUCAAAACGUGCCGGAUUACUUCGAUACUAGCAAUGCUUAUGCAAUCGCCGAAAGGGACGAAACUCAACGGGUGAUCAAUCCAAAACUCCGCUCGAGCAAUUCCCAAUACGAAAUCGACGCAUUGCCGGAUGUAUUCCCACCGAGAAGACGUCGAGGAGCGAGUGUUGUAGGUCAAAUGUUUCAUCUCACGUCUGAAGAUUUCGUCUUAUAUUAUUGGCGCUUGAUUUUUCAGAGUUCCAAGUACAGCGAUGCGGAGCUCACGUACAACGAGCUGAACAACUUGCCGGACCUUUUUGAGGACAAGCCGCGCUACGUGUGCUCCAACAGCUCUUAUUUUGCUCCGCCGUUGUCUGGAGUCGGGUAUUUGCAGGGAGUUUGUCCUCAAGCUCCUGUUGCUCCGCCGGAGAAGGUAAAAAGCAUUGUUAUUCCUGUAGCCCACUUUUUUCAGGUCUACUACCCGAACUCCCGCCUGGGUUACCAGCCCAAGUAUAAUUACCAAUAUCGUCCGGCUUUCAGCGAUUCCUCGGUGGCCGAGAUCAAUGCUUUGCCGGACGUCUUCGACAUGUGCAGAAUUCAGGCUGAUGCUGCAAUGGCGGCCGCCAGAGCUGCUCAACAUGCUGCGAAUGUGGCCAGAGGGGUCUACCAAGCAUCUCAAGUAAGGAGGGAUAAAAAAGGUCAACAAAUUUUAAAAAACCCCUGUAUAGACUUGGCUUUUGGUCAUCUUCCGACCAUUGCAUGAUCAUUGUGACAACCCAUUUUCUACAAUUUCAACCAUUUUUUGACAGUUGAAACACAAUGCCAAGACUUAUCGCGAUUCCGCGGGAAAUUCAAAAAAAUAUAUGAUUAGUGCCGCAUAUUGUGUCUUUUGGGCGUUCUGGUUGUUUUCAAGUCAUUUUUCAUUGAUUUGAUAACAUAUUUUGCCAAUUUCAGCUCUCUCGUCGCGCCAAGACCCCUCCUCCCACCGAAAACCCCUACAGACACCCGCGUUCGUUGAAUGCGUCGCGCUCGGACAUCGAAGAGAUCCUCCGUUUGCCGGAUCCCUUCAAUUCAAACAAUGGAUAUCGUCACUAA